UUUUCGGCAAAGUCACAAGACGACGAGGGGAUGAACAGCCAGAUCCUUCGCGUUGGCGACGCGCUCACAGCGCUCUUCCAGCAGGCGCAGGACGGCAACAGCACGCGCUGCUUGGACGUCAAGGUCGAGAACGAGACGCUCGUGUGCGCGCAUGCCUUUCCCGUCGACGGGCCGCCCGAGGCCCAGUGGGCGGCGAUCCAAGCGGGCACGACGGCGCCGAGCCUGCUCCUCUUCCACAUUGCGAGCUCCAACGGCCCGUGGAAGUGGAUUCUGGUCGCGCACGUGGCCGACACGCUGCCGGCGCGGGAGAAGAUGCUCUACGCCUCGGCGCGCGACUGCCUCAAGCAGCAGCUCGGGCUCUCCUACUUUGUCGGCGACGUGCACACGACCGACCUCGCGUCCUUUAGCUUUCACGACGUGCUCUCGACCAUGCACAACAACACGGGGCCGCUCAGUGAGAAGGAAGUCUUGCUCAAGGAAGAGGCGCGCCUCGAGCGCGACCUCUCAGUGAAGGCGAGCGCGAUGUCGGUCAUGCCGUUCGGCCUCACGCCCGGCUGCGCCGCUGCGCUCGACACGUUUGCGAUCGCGACGUCCCCGGCCUUUCUGAGUUUGCACCUCGAGAACGAAGCGCUUGUCGUGGCCAAAGCGCUUCCGAACGUCCACGACAGUCUCCUCAGCAGCGAGAUCACCAAGCACGCACCGAGCUACGUGCUGUACCGAUUCCCGUCGGCCGGCGCGACGGUCGUCGUCUUCUUGUACGUGUGCCCCGACGACGCGCCGGUGCGGGCCAAGAUGACGUACUCGACAGCCAAAGCGUCUGUGCUCGCCCUCCUCCCGGCCCACCACAUUGCGAUCGACAAGACGGUUGAGAUCACAGACGUGGCGUCGGUGGUCGACGCCAUCCGCGCCGACGUCGCGAUGGACCUGGACGACGCGACGCUGGUCCAGCCCAAGGCGUUUGCUCGUCCGGCGGCGCCUGGCCGCGGCCGCGGUCGCCGAAAGUAAUCAAGUCGCGUGAACCGUGCUUGUACAUUUAAUCAAUCGCACGCGUAUAUACAGGUGGUGGUUUGUUUAUCUACGGCC